AUGUUUCGUCAUGUAACUGUUUACCAUCAGAAUGACCCCAACUUCAGUAUUACUUGUGAUUUACAUAAAACAUGCGGUGUUUUGUACCGAACAUUCGCGGCUUACAAGUCUCAUAUUUAUCGUCGACAUUCUGCUGAACUUUAUUCCACGAAGAAAAACAACAAUAAUAAUAACACCAACAUUAUUCUCAUCAAUAAUCAACAACACGAAAAUAUUGGUUCAAGUGUUGGUUUAGAUUUAAUAAAUCCUGAUGGUAAUACUAAUGAAAAUGACAAUUCAAAUUUUCUUUAUGAUGAACUUGAAUCAGUAUUCGAAAUGGAUGAAUAUCAAACAACAUCAUUAGCUUUUACAUCACACUUCAAGUCGAUUGAUAAUGAUGAAAAUGAUGCUGGAUCUGUUCUUGAUAUCAAAAGAAGUUAUAUUUCAUUCAUCUUAAAUUUACGUGAACAACUGCUUCUAACUAUAUUAUAUUAG